AUGUCUGCGUUCAGCCUCAAAUACGGUUCUACUCUUCAAACGGAGUUCGAGUACUUCUACAAUCUCAUGGACACACUUACCGAUCUCAACUCGGAGUACUUGCGAAUACUACGGCGAACCUAUGUUCCCGAUCCAUCGAGUGUUCGUCCACGUGUAAUCGAAAAUUAUCGUCGUGUAAUGGGUCGGUCAUUGCGGCACGCCGACCAUUGUUUUUCUCUUGUCGAUCUGCCCCUGGAGGACACAGGGUACCCCGAAUUCUACCAUGCAACAAUAAAAGAAUUUAUUACUGGUCAUCCGAUGGAUGAUGAAAUUGACCAAAUGUUCUUUAUCAAUGAUAUUUCCUUGGACCCAUUCGGCAUCUUUCCCCUCAUGAUGUUCCCGUUUCGCCGAGCUUGCCUCACGUAUACUACCACGCCGCCUCACUGGCACAUGCUUGGACUCUCUCCUGGAAGAUCAUACAUCAUUUCUUACGAUAAGAAGCGUGCUUUCAUUUGGUCAACGGGGUCGCAUCUCGACUCCUACGACGGAACUCCCCGCGCGUAUCUUCUCACCGGUCCUAUCCACUCUUCGCGCCUCGCGCUGACCGAGGAAGCUGCCCCCUUGCAGGGUUCCCGGGUGGGGCGUGACUUGGAUCAAUCGUGGUUCGAGUGGUAG